GAAGCGCGUCCAACGCGAGCAUCUGCAUCGUCUUGUUCCGUUGUCCCUUUCUCUCUCUAUCUCCCUUCAUUCGCGAGCUGUCACUGAGCUAGGAGCUCAACCUAUAAAUUUCAAAACUCUCCAAAACUCAAUUUUCUUUGCACAGUGCAAUCCAAGAACAGAUAGAUUUGAACCAUUUCAUAAUCUGAAGCCUUUUUUUUUUUUUUCUUGUUGCGAUCGAAUUGUGACGGAGAUGGCGGCGCCGAACAGGAUCGAACGCGCCCACCAGAUGUACCGCGACGGAAGUUACGAGGAGGCGUUAGGGUUCUACACGGAAGCAAUCGCCUUGGCCAAGACCAACCCUCAGAAGAUCGCUUUGCAUAGCAACCGAGCCGCGUGCUAUCUCAAGCUUCACGAUUUCAAAAAGGCAGCAGAAGAGUGUACUUCAGUGCUUGAGCUUGAUCACAAGCACAGUGGGGCAUUGAUGCUGCGGGCUCAAACGCUAGUUACCCUGAAGGAGUACCAUUCAGCACUUUUUGAUGUCAGCAGACUUUUAGAGUUGAAUCCAUCUUCAGAGGUUUAUCAAAAUCUUCAAGCUCGUUUGAAGACGCAAUUGGCACUUGCUCCAAUACCAGAAUCAGAAGAGGAGUUUCAAGAACAGGAAGAUGAGGAACCUGAGGUGAUAUCACAAGGAGAAAAUGAAAAUGAAGAGAUGGGAGAGAAAUAUUCAUCGAUUUCUAAUAUUAGGACAGAUCAAAAGGUUGAGCUUGGCAAAGGUAUUAUUAUUGCUGAUUGUGCUCCCCAUGAAACAGACCUCAAAUUUUCAUCCAAGCAAGGAAGAAACCAAAACCAUGAGCCUAAGAAGUCCAUAGCAGAUGCUAUAGCUCCUAAAGCACCAAACAGGGAAACAACAGAGCAACAUUCAAAAGGGUGGCAAACAAUUCCAAAACCAAAAGGACAUUCAGCUCUAGACUAUGCACGGUGGGACAGUGUUGAAGAUGAUUCUAGUGAUGAUGACGAUGACGAUGAAGAUGAAGAAUCUUUGCCUCAGUACCGAUUUCGUGUAAGAACAGUUGGUGUCCGUCCUGUAAAGUGAGACAAUUCUACUGUACAGUCCAUAUAAGUUGAUUUGUUUGAAGAUGUCUCUUAUCUUGUAUAUUCAUGUUUUGUCAAAUACAUAUUUGCAUUUGACAUUUA